AUGAUUCAUGGGUUUUGCAUAAAGGCUGGCUUUUUAUCAAAGCAUAAUGUUUGCAACAGCUUGGGGUAUGCUCAGAAUGGGCUGUGUCAAGAUGCACUAAAAACAUACUUGGUAGCAACUAUGGAGUCGAAGCCAAACAAUUACACAUUUGUGACUGGCCCAAUUAUCGCAGGUGCUCUUCUUGAUAUGUAUGCAAAGCGAGGAAGCAUUUGUGAGUCCAAAAGAGUUUUCAGUGAGACGCCUCAUAAAAGUCAGUUUGCUUGGAUUGCAAUAAUAUCUGCAUAUGCUGGGCAUGGAGACUAUGACUCAGUGAUAGAAUUGUUCAAGGAGAUGGAGAGAGAAGGGGUAAGACCUGAUUCAGUCACAUUUCUUUCUAUACUAGCAGCAGGCUGCAGAAAUGGAAUGGUGGAGAUGGGCCGUCACCUCUUUCAUUCAAUGGUGAAGGACUAUCAUAUUGAACCAUCUCCUCAACAUUAUUCAAGUAUGGCGGACAUGUUGGGACGUGCAGGGAAAUUGGAGGAAGCAGAGGAAUUGAUGAGUCAGAUCCCGAGACAGCCAGGGUGUUCAUUGUUGCAUAGCCUGCUCGGGGCUUGCAGGAUCCAUGGGAAUGUGGAGAUGGCGGAGAGAGUAGCCAAUACAUGA